CUUUGAACGACAAUCGUGCAAAUGACCCAAAUAUACAGGCCCAAAUUCUUUGAAUCUAAUUGGGUAGCAAAACAUAUUAAAACCCCUAUUUUUUGGACCCAAAUUCAUAUUACACACUUCAAAUUUUGCUCUUUUCUCCAUCUUUUCAGGCAAACAAAAUCGAACUUAGAUGGUAGGGCUAUCUGUUGGAGAAAAGAACUUUAUUAAGGGUGGUAUUGCUCAGGAUCUGCGCAAUGAUGGUAGAAAACGGCUAACUUAUCGACCUAUAUAUGUCGAAACAGGUGUUAUUCCUCAGGCAAAUGGAUCUGCAAGAGUCAAGUUGGGUGCAACUGAUGUUAUUGCCAGUGUCAAGGCAGAACUUGGAAGACCAAGUGCAUCUCAUCCGGACCAAGGAAAGGUUUCGAUUUUCGUAGAGUGCAGUCCCACCGCAGAGCCAUCAUUUGAGGGCAGAGGAGGUGAGGAAUUGUCUGCAGAUCUCUCGACAGCACUUGAGCGGUGUCUUUUGGGCGGUAAAAGUGGAGCAGGGGCUGGAAUCGAUCCAGCGUCUCUCUCGAUCAAAGAAGGAAAAGUAUGCUGGGAUCUGUAUGUCGAUUGCCUUGUCAUUAGCUCUGACGGAAAUCUACUGGACGCGCUAGGUGCUGCCAUCAAGGCAGCACUGAGCAAUACAGGUAUUCCAAGAGUUCAGGUUCGUGAAGCUGCCUCAUCCGAUGAGCAGGCAGAUGUGGAUGUUAGUGAUGAAGAGUUUCUGCAAUUUGACACCAGUGGAGUACCUGUCAUAGUUACUUUGACAGAGGUUGGGAGGCACUACAUUGUCGAUGCAAAUUCAGAAGAGGAAUCCCUAAUGAGCUCAGCUGUUUCUAUUUAUGUUAAUAGACAAGGAAUAAUAUGUGGGUUGACCAAACGAGGAGGUGCAGGGUUAGACCCUAGCGUCAUACUUGACAUGAUAUCCGUUGCAAAACAUGUAAGCGAGCAGCUAAUAAACAAACUUGAUUCCGAGAUCGAAGCUGCUGAAAAAGCAAAUGAAGAGGAAGCAUGAAGGAUUACCUAUAUAUAGUAGUUCAACCUCACUAAUAUUUUUCUGCUAACUGCAAAUAGACUU